CAUCUCAGCGUUGUUUUUUAGCUAAAGCUGGUCGAGGAGCCACUUCCGCUUUAAAUUCUGUCAACUUCCGAGGCGAAAGCAGCGACCAGUUGGGAACAACUUUUAGCUUUUGCUUGUGAGUGGGGACAUGGAUAGAAUAAAUGUUCCCCCUCCGGGCCCCACGGACCUGCCGCUGUCCCUGCUGGAGAUGGGAUGCUCUGGCAGGUUCGAGCUCAUCACACACCCCUCUCCGGACCAGCCUUUACUUCCACAGAGCACGCUCCCACAUGGGCUUCCUCCCACCAGCCUGAGCCUGGACAGAGAGGUAGAGAAACAGUUCUUAAGGGAUGCUGCCUGGCUUCCGAUACACGACACAGACCUUGCCUUCCAGAAGUUUCUCAAGGUGGCUCAAAGAGAAGUUAAUGUCGACUCUUUAAUCAACUCCGCUCACUCAGCCCUUCACUCUGGCAUCUCUGUUGUCAGAGAUCCAACGACAGGGAUGCUGCUGGACUUCACAGAGGUGUUACUGGAGAACACUGGCCUGUCGGCAAAGAACUCACUUUCACUGCAACGCCAACCAGGGCCUCCUUCAGAGAGCCUCCGAGGAAGCAACACCAACUACCCCUUUCACCCCGGUGGAAUGGAGGAGCUUUCUCUGGAACAAAUUAAGAAGAGAUCUGAUCUGGAGGAGGACAUCGACUUUGAGAAUGAUUUACUCAGAGUUCCACCUGGACUUAAAGCUGGGAUGGAUUUCACUGACAAAGAGGCCAAAGUAGCGAAAGCAGAGGUCAACCUCAUGUCCCUUCUGUCCACAUUGGAGGACAUCCCUGUCUUGCAACCUGCGGUAGAAGAGACAGAGGAGAGCAAAGAAAAAGAGGAAGCUCCUAAACUACCCAGAACCAACAGCCUUGAAGACCUUGGAGUGAAGGAUGUUGUGUCAUCCUCAACUCUCUCAAAGGCAGGAAAAGAUGACAAAUCAAAGCCAAAUGAGAACCCAGAGGAAAAUGUGAAGUGGGCCAUCCCUGUCAACAUAAAUGCUCCCUGCAAUAAUUUCUAUAAACUCAUACCCAACCCAGCAUUCAAGUGGCCGUUUGAGCUGGACGUCUUCCAGAAACAGGCCGUGCUGAAGCUGGAGGCUCACGAGUCUGUGUUUGUAGCCGCGCACACGUCAGCUGGCAAAACAGUGGUGGCCGAGUACGCCAUCGCCCUCUCGCAGAAACACAUGACAAGGACCAUCUACACCUCUCCCAUCAAAGCCCUGUCCAACCAGAAGUUCAGAGACUUCAAAACCACCUUUGGAGACGUCGGCCUCCUGACGGGCGACGUCCAGCUCAGUCCCGAGUCCUCGUGUCUCAUCAUGACCACUGAGAUCCUCAGGUCCAUGCUUUACAACGGCUCAGAGGUCAUCAGGGACUUGGAGUGGGUGAUCUUCGACGAGGUUCACUACAUCAACGAUGCAGAGAGAGGGGUGGUGUGGGAGGAGGUUUUGAUCAUGCUCCCCGAUCACGUCAGCAUUAUUCUCCUUAGUGCCACGGUGCCGAAUGCUGUUGAGUUUAGCGAGUGGAUUGGUCGGAUAAAGAAGAAGCACAUCUACGUGAUCAGCACAAUGAAGAGACCUGUGCCUUUGGAGCAUUAUCUGUACACCGGCAACAGCACCAAGACUCAGAAAGAGAUGCACCUGCUCAUGGACGCUACAGGGAACUUUCUCACUAAAGGGUACUAUGCAGCUGUCGAUGCCAAGAAGGAGCGUACCAGCAAACACGCCCAAUCGUUUGGCACAAAAAGUACUUCUCACAACACCACGGCCAGUCAGGACCGAUCGGUGUGGCUCACUCUCCUGCACUUCCUGUCCCAGCGCCAGCAGACGCCGGUGGUCGCGUUCACCUUCUCAAGGACGCGGUGUGACGACAACGCCCGCUCGCUCGAUUCGAUGGACAUGACCACCUCAAUAGAGAAGGCCGAGAUUCACUCUUUCUUCCAGAAGAGUCUGAGUCGCCUGCGGGGAGGAGACAGACAGCUGCCUCAGAUCUUGGUCAUGAGGGACCUGUUGAAGAGGGGAAUAGCAGUCCAUCAUAGCGGGAUCCUGCCGAUACUGAAGGAGGUCAUCGAGAUGCUCUUCUCACGAGGUCUCGUAAAAGUGCUGUUUGCUACCGAGACGUUUGCUAUGGGAGUGAACAUGCCGGCCAGGACUGUGGUGUUCGACAGCAUCAGGAAGCACGACGGGACCGGCUUUAGAAACCUGCUGCCGGGUGAGUACAUCCAGAUGGCGGGCCGGGCAGGCAGGCGAGGUCUGGACGCCACCGGCACCGUCAUCAUCCUGUGUAAGGCCGGAGUUCACGAGAUGGCGGAUCUGCAUGUCAUGAUGCUGGGUAAACCUACAAUCCUCCAGUCCCAGUUCAGACUGACCUACACGAUGAUCCUCAACCUGCUGCGGGUCGAAGCCCUGCGCGUGACCGACAUGAUGAGGCGCAGCUUUUCUGAGAGCCACAGGGACACUCAGUCCCACGAGAAGAGGAUCAGCCAGCUGAAGCAGAUGGUGUCUUCUCUACCUCCUCUGGACACAGAAGGCCAGCUGUCGGACAUGUUGCCGUACUACCACACGGUGACGGAGCUACGAACCACCACAGAGGCCCUCCAGUGCGCUAUCCUGGAGUCCGUCAACGGGCUGAAAGCGCUGUCUGUGGGUCGCGUUGUGGUUGUGAACAACAAACAGCAUCUCAACGCUCUGGGCGUUAUCCUACAGGUGUCAAGUGACGCAGUGAAUCGCACCUUCACAGCUCUGGUCAUCUGCGAGAAGGGCAACGAGGAAGAGGACGGAAAAGGGAACAACAACAAGGCUUUCCCCCACCUCUACAACACGGCUCUCUUCAUACCUGAAGGCCCUUGCAGCCACACGGUCCAGAAGUUGAAGCUUCAUGACAUCUCAGCCAUCACAGUGAAAACCCUGAAGGUGAUUCCGGACCGGAUCAUCGACAACUACAGCAAGAGGCAGCAGCCACGAUUCAGACUCGAUCCGCCUGGCCAAGCCAUCUCCACGGCGACCCAGGAGCUCCUGCGAUUGGCCGAGGCCAACCCCAACGGCAUGGCGGCCCUGGACCCCGUAAACGACCUCCAGUUAAAGAGCGUUGACGUGGUGGAGGACUCCAUGAGGCUGCGUGUGCUGCAGAGCAGCCUCCGAGAGUUCAACUGCAUCCACUCGCCCACAUUUGCAGAGCAGUUUGCUCGGGUCGAUGAGAGGAUGAAAGUGCAGGAGGAGCUGGACCGGCUGCUGUUCCUGGUUUCGGACCAGUCUCUGUCUCUGCUGCCUGAAUACCACCAGAGGAUCAAGGUGCUGCAGUCGCUCCAGUACGUGGACAGUGGCGGGGCGGUGCAGCUGAAGGGCCGCGUGGCCUGUCAGAUCAGCAGCCACGAGCUGCUGCUGACCGAGCUGCUGUUCGAGAACGUCCUGAGCCCGCUGGCGCCCGAGGAGAGCGCCGCCCUGCUGUCCUGUUUGGUAUUCACGCAGAAAACGCAGGUGGAGCCGCACAUUACCAGCACACUGCAGGAGGCCAUCGAUCGCGUGCUGUCAGUGGCCAAGCGUAUCGGAGAGCUGCAGAGGGAGUGUGGGAUACCACAGACAGCUGAGGAGUUUGUUGGCCAGUUCAAGUUUGGCCUGACGGAGGUGGUCUACUGCUGGGCCAGAGGCAUGCCGUUCGCGGAGAUCGCCCAGCUGACGGACGUCCAGGAGGGCACGGUGGUUCGCUGCAUCCAGCGCCUGGACGAGGUGCUGAAGGAGGUGCGACAGGCCGCCCGCAUCGUGGGGGACUCCGUCCUAGGGAGCAAGAUGGAGAAGGCGUCCCUGGCCAUCCGCAGGGACAUCGUCUUCACCGCCUCCCUCUACACCCACUGAGAGACGAGAUCUGCCCGCAGCCGAGUGCUUCUCGGCGGGAAAGAUGGAGCUGCAUGUGAGCGAUGUGAAGAGCGUAAAUGUUCAAACAAGUGCUGUAUGUGCCUAAACAAAAAAAACAUGAAUGUUUACAUGAAAGUUCCUGAAGGGAAUGUUUUUAACCGACAGACCAAAAUACAAAAUGUGGGAAUGAACAUGAACGCAUCUGGAUUGUAAUUUAUUGUACAGUAAUAAACCUGUAUUCCAAAAACC